AAACAAAAAUCAUAUGGGGCCUUCGAUCGAAAAUACAUACAUGCUUGAAAAUUAAUUGGUUUUCUUGAAAGCAGUCAAAUUUGAAUUUUUAUUUUUGAAGGACGUACUUUGUGAAAUUCUUGCAUUCACCAAAUUGUUGAGUUGUCUCAAAAAAGGCAAAGAAGUUGGCAAAAGAUAUCCUUGUUACAUAUCUUUGUUGUUAUGGGGACCAUCUCCAGGCACUGAUAGGACCAAGCGCAGAAUAAACUCCUCCAAGGUCAAAUCGAUUAGUGCCAAAUAAAUACGCACAAUUUUGAAAACACCUAAAAUCAGCAGCCCUUUUUGAGUCCACGAUGAGGGUCAGCAGGCUUGUGUACAGAAGUUUCCUUCAAGGCAGUAAAUUGCUGUCAGGUCGUUCAACACAAUUCACCUCACCGUUAGCUAGUUACUCAAGAAAUGUGCCUGGUGAAAAGGAUUUUAAUCCAAUAAAACGGACAGGAAAUAUUUUGAAGAAUGACCUAAUCCGAUUGAAGAAUGAAGUGAUUGGCAUUUUUCAUCCCGGCUCAGAAAACCAGCAAACAAAAGACAUAGACGAGCCACAUAAGUAUUAUUCAUGGCAGCACAACUGUGACGUUCUAAUAGUCGGCGGAGGUGUCAUUGGUUCCUCCAUUGCAUUCUUCCUCCUUGAAAACUUUCCUGGAGCCAUGAACGUCACAGUUAUAGAAAAAGACCCAACGUACACAAAAUGUGCCACAACUUUGUCUUGCGGUGGGCUGAGGCAGCAAUUCUCUCUACCUGAAAACAUUUUGAUGUCCCAGUUUGGUGCCAAAUUUCUGAGAGAGUUGCCAAGGCGGUGUGGAAUCGAAGGUAUGGACCCUCCAGACGUCCAAUUCCAUCCCCAGGGAUACUUGUUUUUGGCCACCGAAUCCGGCGCAGAACAGCUUACCCUAAACCACGAUGUUCAAAUGGAUCUUGGAGUAAAAAAUGUUCUCCUUACCAAAGAACAGUUACAGAAAAGAUUCCCGUGGCUGAAUACAGAGGACAUUGAACUUGGUUGCCUGGGUCUUGAAAAUGAAGGAUGGUUUGACCCAUGGACGCUGCUGAACGCCCUUCGAUCAAAGGCCAUAGCUUUAGGAGCUCAUUAUGUCCAAGGGGAGGGAGUUGGAUUCGAGUUCACGGAGAUGCCAGAUGUAAUAAUUUCAGGCGAUGAUAGCGGACUCCCUUACAACAGAGUGAAUAAACUAGUCGUUCGUCUUGAAACUGGAGAAGAAAGGAAAGUCACAUUCAGCAAUUGCGUCAUUGCCUGUGGACCCUCGUCAGGUCACAUUGCAGAACUAGCAAAUGUUGGCUCAGGGCCAGGAAUGCUGGCAUUCCCAUUGCCCGUAGAACCAAGGAAAAGAUAUGUCUUUAAUGUUCACUGUCCAAAAGGCCCAGGAAUUGAUCUGCCUUUUGUAAUUGAUCCAACAGGCACCUAUGUCAGGAGGGAAGGCUAUGGUGGUAACUACAUAUGCGGCCGGUCACCGCACGAAGGUGAACCGGAACCAUCAACAGCCAACUUUGACGUGGACCAUGAUUUCUUCGACCAAUGUGUUUGGCCCCAUUUGGCACACCGAAUCCCUGCUAUGCAAGAACUGAAGGUCAAAAGCUCCUGGGCUGGACAUUACGAUUACAACACGUUUGACCAGAAUGCCAUUCUCGGGCCCCAUCCUUACCAUCACAAUCUGUACUUUGCAACUGGAUUUAGUGGUCAUGGUCUUCAGCAAGCACCUGCAGUAGGUCAGGCAAUUAUGGAAAUGAUGGUUGAAGGCCAACUUACUACAAUGGAUUUGUCUCGGUUCACUUUUGAUAGGAUUUUGGUCGGACACAAAGUAUUGGAGUCUAACAUAGUGUAAAAUAACUACGUUUUUAAUGUCUUGUUAAACUAAUGUGAUUAGUUACAUAAAAUAUGAAAUAAAUAAGUCAUUGCAUAUUUACUCGAGGUGUUGUAUUUUGUUGUUGGGAUUCUUUUUAUUCUAAUUAAUCAGAAUGUAAUGAAAUACCUAAAGCUAU